AUGGUCAAGAACGCUCUGGCAGUUCUGGCCCAAGUCAACAAGGACCGCGUGGAGAAUCCCAAUUUCAACCAAUACGCCUCCCAGGAGCCUCACCGCACACAGGCAUCGUUCGCGACUGCUGCACCGCUAGAUUAUAGUACUGAAGCGGUAGAGAAUGCCCGCCUUCCGAAACGCGAUGCUCCCUCUACCACGACCCGUGGCAACAAAGCAUAUUCUAUCCCACCGGAGCUAGCUAGAGCGGCUCAGAUCGUUGCGGAAUCAACGGAUAACACGCCGAGUGGAAAUCACAGCGACGUAGCGGCUGAUAUUCGUCGCAAAUACGGUCAAGGAAAGCGACACACUAAUACCCCGCCACAGGCUCUUGUCCAGUCGAAUGGCCUUUAUGACUUCCAGUCUUUCGCCGAAAAUGCAAACGUGUCGCUGGUUGACCAAGAGAGUUACACAGGACUUCACAAGCGCGCCCCUUCUCUGUAUUGGAUGCCGCACAUGGAAAAGAAUGGCCACAGUCCAUUCGCCCCGGACGGCUACAAGAUUUGGAGAAAUGUUCGCGACUACGGAGCCAAGGGUGACGGGGUCACAGACGACACGGAUGCUAUCAACAGAGCAAUUUCAGACGGAGGGUGCUGCGGUGCGGACUGCGGCUCGAGCACUAGGUAUCCUGCAGUAGUCUGGUUUCCAGGCGGCACAUACCUGGUUAGCUCGUCCAUUAUCCAAUAUUAUAAUACCCAGUUCAUAGGUGAUCCACUGAACGUGCCCACGAUCCUAGCCGCGUCGAGCUUCAUCGGGCUGGGCGUUAUUACUUCAGAUCCCUAUGUGAGCGGCAACGAGCAAUGGUAUCUCAACCAGAACAACUUCCUGCGCAGCAUCAAGAACUUCAAGAUCGAUAUUCGGCCAACGGAUCCGUCCGCCUAUGUAUGCGCAAUUCACUGGCAGGUGGCGCAAGGUACUUCGCUGGAAAAUAUCGAGUUCUACAUGCUGUACAACUCAGACGUUCCUGGGAACACGCAACAGGGUAUUUACAUGGAGAAUGGCUCAGGAGGCUUUCUGACUGACCUGACCUUUGUGGGUGGGAACUUUGGUGCCUAUUUUGGCAAUCAGCAAUUCACAACUAGUCAGCUCGUUUUCGUGAACUGCCAGACAGCUCUGCAGGUCCAUUGGGACUGGGCAUGGACCAUGCAAGACUAUGUUAUCGAAUCAUGCACGAAUGGUCUGGUAAUCGUUGGCGGGGCUGGUGGCUCCAUGAGUAAUGGGCAAGGCGUUGGCUCCCUAAUUUUAGCUGAUGCCAUCAUUGCCAAUACCCCGAAUGGCAUCGUUACAUCCCUCCACACGGAGAACUCUACAUCCUUACUGCUUCAAAACGUCGGAUUCUUCAAUGUUAAGACCGCGGUUGUGGACAGUGUAAGAAAUCAGGUCCUUCUCCCUGGCGGCAAUGAAGUCCUGAAAGACUCAUGGGGUUUUGGUAUGGUCAAUGACGCAACUGGUGUUGGAUCCUUUGUGAACGGGCAGGAUAUCCCUGUCAUGAAUCGAACUGAGAAAAUGCUUGGAAGUCAGGCGUAUGUUAAGCCGAACCUGUUCACACGCCGUCGCCCCCAAUACGAGGAUCUUUCGACCGAUGACAUUGUCAACGUGAAACUAUUCGGUGCCAAGGGCGAUGGAAGCUCUGAUGACGUGGUCGUGUUGAAUUGGAUUCUGGAAUACGCUGCCAAUCUAUCAUCGGUUGUGUACUUCCCUUAUGGCGUGUAUAUGAUCAGGGAUACGUUGAAAGUUCCCGUGGGUUCGCGAGUUAUGGGCCAGGCAUGGCCUCAGAUUGUGGCCACGGGCCCCAAAUUUGAGGAUAUCGAUCACCCUUAUGUCGCGGUCAAGGUUAGAAAUCCUGGGGAUGUGGGCAUCAUUGAAAUCCAAGACAUGAUGUUUACGGUGUCCGGUCCAACUGCAGGAGCUGUUCUUGUCGAGUGGAAUGUCGAGCAGUCCGUCAAAGGCUCUGCUGCCAUGUGGGAUUCGCACAUUCGUGUUGGUGGCGCCAUCGGUUCCAAGCUUCAGAGGGAACAAUGCCCUAAGCAGACGCGUCGUGUGAAUCCGAAUUGCAUUGCGGCGUCUCUCCUGCUGCAUCUGACUCCAUCGUCAACUGCGUAUCUCGAAAACAUCUGGGCCUGGGUCGCCGACCACGAUUUGGACGUGAUCACACAGGAUCAAAUUGACGUCUACUCAGCUCGUGGUAUCUUGAUUGAAAGCCAACAGGCCUGGCUCUACGGGACCUCGUCAGAGCAUAACGUCAUGUACCAGUAUCAGCUCUCUGGGGCGCAGAACAUCCUGAUGGCUAUGAUCCAGACGGAAUCCCCAUACUAUCAACCAGUACCUCUAGCGCCUAAUCCCUUUACACCGGGAGUGUUCCCUGACGAUCCUCUAUUCGACGACUGCAAGUCCAAUCCACUCAAGUGCGCCGUAUCCUGGGCAGUCCGUAUCGUCGACUCGACUGUCUUAAAACUGAGAACUGCCAGCAGAGAGGCUUCGAAAUUGAGCAGAGCUCUGAUAUCUGGAUUUAUAAAUCUUUGCACCAAGGCCAUCAUCGAAAUGGUCACUCCGUUCCAGGGGGUACCCACAUAUGCCUGGGAUAACGUCAACGGAUUCCUCUCGUCAAUCCUGGCUUGGCUGGGUGGUGCUGAGCAAACAGCGGGCCAAAGGGAGUUCCCUGGUUUCACGAUCUACACUUCUUCCGGGCUGGAGGAUGCUGAUCUUCCUCUGGCCUGCAAGAAUUCCCUAGCUGAGCGGAUCAAGUGUGACCCCUACGUGUCCUCUAUGAUGCAGCUGAGUUAUCAUGGAUCGCUGGAUAAUGACACACUCACCGACUCAAUCUGCGAUGCCAGCUGUGGGCCCCAACUGCCUGACGGAGAUAUCCUCAUCCAUGCAGGUGAUCUCACCCAGUCCGGUACUCGAGAGGAGCUGGAAGCACAGAUCGAAUGGCUCGAUAGCCAGCCCCAUCGCUUCAAGGUAGCGAUAGCGGGGAACCACGAGCUGUGUCUGGACCCCAAAGCUCCCGCUCGCAAUCGCACCGGGCCAGUCGACUGGAAAUCCAUCCGUUAUCUGGAGAACUCAUCGACAAUCCUCGACUUUGGUGAUAGCAGACGCGUCAAGGUCUUCGGGUCCCCGUACACCCCUCGGCACGGGAACUGGGCUUUCCAGUAUCCGCGUGCUGAGAAUGUCUGGGACGAAAUACGGAUCCCUGAUGACAUUGAUAUUCUUGUUACACACGGCCCCCCAAAGACACAUUUGGAUCUGGGACGAUACGGCUGUGAAUUCCUUCGGUCUUGGUUAUGGUCGGCGAAGCGAAGGCCUUUGCUACAUGUAUUCGGUCAUAUCCAUGGGGCUUACGGGAAGGAGACUCUGUGCUGGGACGAUUUCCAACGAGCGUACGAGAGCAUCCUUGACGAUGAUGCAAAGUGGAGGAAUCUGAUCACGUUAAUGUGGCAUGCACUUGUACAGCUUAUACGCCCGAGAUAUCCAUGUGAAAGGACUAUUAUGGUUAAUGCCGCUGCAGUUGGGGGACUCCGCGAUGAAAAGAGGCGGGACGCUAUUUGCGUUGAUAUCUAA